UUAAUAUUUGUCGGCGCAGGGCUCUGGGUCGAACAUACAAAAAUUUCAACUUUUUUUGCAUUUCUCCAGAGAAAACAAAGAUUUUUUAACAUUUAUUGAAUAAAACACGUAUAGAAAUUGACGAUUAUUUGUUAAAACAGAGUAAACAGAAAAAGAGUAAGAAAUUAAAGAAAGUUUAAGUGAUAAAUAUAACAAAUGUUUGCUAAAAAUUAGCAAGUUAGUUGAAGGUACAAAUGAAAAAAACAUAAAACUAUAGAAAUACAUAAAAUAUAGAAAAAAACAGACACAAAAAAUAACUAAUUAAACAACAAGGCCAGCAAUGAAGACAAUUAAAAUGAUAAGAAAUUGUCUGUAAAAAACAAAACACGGCAAAAAACUAUUUAGGGCUGAGUCUUCUUCAAAAGGCAGGCAGCAUCGCUAACAGCACAACAACAGCUAAUGGACGGACGGCAUUGUAUUAAUUGAAGUGUUUACGUGUUCCCUUGAUUAUUGUUAUUAUUGCCAUUGGUGCAGAUGGUAGUGGUGUUGGUGGCAACAGCAGCAGCGCUAAAAGUAGUAGAGUUGGUUAUGAAGUUGGCUUUUUGGGAAUCAUUAGAAAUAGAUCACACACUUGCUUAGUUUAUAAACUAAAUGAGAAAGAGCAACAACUAAUAGUGUAUAUAGAACUAAAUGUUUCAUGUCUAUAGAGCAAUUGAAUGAAACCUUAUGGGAAUUACUAUAAUUAAGUAUCGACGUCAACCAUAACAUUUUGUUUAAAAGCCACCAACAUUCUUGUUUAUACACAUUAAGCAGUUUGACAUUUUAGCAGCGGCUGAAAUUAAAUAUAAUUAAAACUGGCUUACGAUAUAAUAUGCAAUAAUAUACACCAUACGAUUCCAACAUGCUGUGAUAAAUAUUCAAAUUAAUAUAAAACAAAACAAUAGGAAUUGUCUGCAAAAGCAAACGACCAAUUAAGUUGCCAUUUUAAAUGACCAAAACAUUAAAAGAAAGUAAAUUGUCAAAUUAACAAAACUCCCACUCCCUCCCACCUUAAGACAACUAAAAAAAUCAAAAAGAAAUUAACCAACCAGUCCACAUUGCCAACAAAAAGAAAAAUGCGCUCUAAGAAAUUCUUAAUUAUUGCCGGUUUCUUAGUAACUUGGACAUUUAUAGUUUUCUACUUUGUGCCCCGUACAAAUACGAAAUUUUCUCCUGCAUUAACGCCCAAUAGGCUGCAGCAGUUAGAACAAGAUGCUCGCCAAGAGUAUCGCAAAAGUGAUAAGCUAAUGGUCAAUCUAUUAGGCAUACUAAAGACAAAAUAUCCCCAGGAAGCUCAAGCAGCCACAGAAAAAGAAAUUGCCAUCAUAGCCUUACCCAAUAAUCAACCAAUACAGGAGCCACCCUCCUCUAAUGAGAGGCAGGAAAAUAUAUUGGAACAACCCAAUGAUACUGAAACGAAUUUAGUUAUCAACUCUCAGCAGCCAGUAACGCAACCCACAAAAACUCAUCUCAGCAAUGGUCAACCCAUUAUUCCGGUAUUAGUAUUUGCCUGUAAUCGUGUUUCCAUUUCGAAAUGUUUGGAUAAUCUUAUUAAGUAUCGUCCCAGUAUGGAACAAUUUCCCAUUAUUGUUUCGCAAGAUUGCGGUGAUGAGGCUACUCGUAAUGUUAUCUUAUCCUAUAAGGAACAGGUGUCUCUAAUAGAGCAGCCUGAUCAAUCGGAUAUAUUUGUACCACCGAAGGAAAAGAAAUUCAAGGGUUAUUAUAAAAUAGCACGACAUUAUGGUUGGGCUUUGAAUAAUACCUUUGGCAAAGGUUAUGAUUAUGUUAUAAUUGUCGAGGAUGAUCUCAAUGUGGCACCCGAUUUCUUUGAAUACUUUUCGGGUACUCAUCAUUUACUCAAGCAGGAUCCUUCUUUGUGGUGUGUUUCCGCCUGGAAUGAUAAUGGCAAAGCAAAUCUAAUAGAUGCCUCGCAUCCGGAAUUGUUAUAUCGUACAGAUUUCUUCCCCGGUUUGGGUUGGAUGUUGACCAGAGAUCUGUGGCAAGAGUUAUCCGUUAAAUGGCCUAAAUCCUUCUGGGAUGAUUGGAUACGCCAUCCGGAGCAGAGGAAAAAUCGUGUUUGCAUACGUCCGGAAAUAUCUAGAACUCGUACAUUUGGCAAAGUUGGUGUUUCGAAUGGCCUGUUUUUCGAUAAAUAUUUACGUUAUAUUAAAUUAAGUGAGGAAUUUGUACCAUUUACAAAAAUGAACUUAAGCUAUUUAUUAAAGGACAAUUACGAUAAAACAUUUAUAAAAGAAAUCUAUACGUAUCCUGUAGUUACGUAUGAUGAAUUAAGACGUGAAUUAAUAAAACGUGAUGGACCGGUAAGAAUACAAUACAAUACUAGAGAUCAGUAUAAAAGAACAGCAAAAAUGCUGGGACUCAUGGACGACUUAAAGAGUGGUGUACCGCGUACUGCUUAUCAUGGUAUUGUAUCGUUUUUCUUUAAUAAAAGACGUGUCUAUUUGGCACCCAAUGUCAAUUGGAAAGGUUAUGAUUUAUCGUGGAGCUAACAGAAUUUUAUCAUUUUAAGUUUAACUUCUUAGUCUUAAUUUAGUUAACUUUUUUCUAUUUAUUACAAAAACUAAAAACAAAAUAUUUAAAACAAUUUACUAACAACAAACCACAACAAUAUAGGAUUCCUUUUCAUUUCGCUAUUAAGUAGGUUUUCUGUUCUAUUUUUAUCUCUCAUUACUUUUAAUAUAUAAUUUUAUAAAUGACCAACCAAAUAUGAAUACAAUUUAAUAGUUUUAAACUAGUUAAGCUAUGUUAAUUUUCUCAGCUAUAUGUGUUUUGUAUAUUUGUUUUAUUUAAAUCUUUUUUUGUUUUAAUUAUUAAAUGGACCACCUAUUAAUUACUAUGUAUGUAUGAUGUUGUAUUUUAAAUCCUAAGAGAACAAAUCUAAACAGAACUUGUAAUGCAAAGCAAUAGUUUUACUUUUAUAUUAAAUAGUUUCUUUUACAUUUAUAUUGAUAUUAGCUUUUUGUAAAUUUCUUAAUUCUAUUUACUAUUUACUAUUAUUAGUAUGUAUAUGUUGGCUUAAAAUAGUUAAAAGAUGUAAUCAUUCCUUUUGGGUUUGUUAUAAAAAAAAAAUCUCAUACAGUGAUAAUUGUAAUAGAAAUGUGUUUGUUUUAUAUUAAACGAUUAAUUUAAAUGAUAAGAAAGCGACUUGUUUUUAAUAAACAGAUCUUGAGAAGUUUUCCCAAGAAAACUGAUCUUAUCAAAACUUUUCUAUAGAUAACUGAUAUUAGGAAAAGAUUUCUAUAGAAAACUGAAUAUAGCAAACUAAUCUAACAAAAAGUUUUCUAUAGAAAACUGAUCUUACGAAAUGUUUUCUAUAGAAAACUGAUCUUAAGAAAGCUUUUUAUAGAAAAUAGAUCUGGAUUUCUGUAGAAAACUGAUAUUGUGAAAAAAAAACUUGUCUUCUGAAGAGAUUUCUAAACAAAUCUGAUCUUACGAAAAGUUUUCUAUAGAAAACUAAUGUUACCAAUGGGUUUCAAUAGAAAACUGAUCUUACGAUAAGUUAAUUAUAGAAAACUGAUCUUACGAAAAAUUUUCUAUAAAAAACUGAUCUUGCGAAAAGUUUUCUAUAAAAAACUGAUCAUUUGAAAAAAUUUCCAAAGAAGUCUGAUCGUAAUAACAAAUUUCUAAAGCAAACUGAACUAACAAAAUGUAAACUGAUCAUAGAAAACUGAUCUUGCAGAAAGUUUUCUAUAUAAAACUGAACUUUCAAAAAGAUUUCUAAAUAAAACUGAUCUUUUGCAAGUUUUCUAUGGAAAACUGAUAUUACAAAAAGAUUUCUAUAGAAAACUGAUCUAACAGAGCGUCUUUUAUAUGAAACUGAUCUUCUGAAAAGAUUUCCGAAGAAAUCUGAUCUUACUAACAAAUUUCUAAAGCAAACUGAUGUAACAAAAUGUAUACUGAUAAUAGAAAACUGAUCUUACGGAAAGAUUUCUAUGAUCAGUUUAUAUUUUGUAUAGAUUUCUAAAGAAAACUAAUCUUGCGAAGAGAUUUCUAUAGAAAACUGAUCUUACAAAAAGUUUCUUAUAAAAAACUGAUCUUCUGAAAAGAUUUUUAAGGAAAUCUGAUCUUACUAACAAAUUUCUAAACUGGUCUAACAAAAUGUAAACUCAUUAUAGAAAACUAAUCUUAAUCUAAGAUUUUUAAAGAAAACUGAUCAUGUGAAAAGAUUUCCAUAGAAAACUGAUAUUACAAAAAGUUUCUUAUAAGAAACUGAUUUUAUGAGAAAAUUUCUGAAGAAAUCUGAUCGUACUAACUAAUUUCUAAAGCAAACUAAUCUAACAAUAUGUAAUCUAAUCAUAAAAAACUGAUCUUACAAAAAGUUUUCUUUUGAAAAUUGAUCGUACAAAAAGUUUUCUAUAGAAAACUGAUCUUACGAAAAGUUUUCUAUAGAAAACUGAUCCUACGCAAAGUUUUCUAUGAUCAGUUUACAUUUUGUAUAGAUUUCUAAAGAAAAUUGAUCUUACGAAAAGAUUUCUAAAGAAAACUGAUCUUGCGAAAAGAUUUCUAUAGAAAACUGAUCUUACAAAAAGUUUCUUAUAAAAAACUGAUCUUCUGAAAAGAUUUUUAAGGAGAUCUGAUCUUACUAACAAAUUUCUAAACUGGUCUAACAAAAUGUAAACUCAUCAUAGAAAACUAAUCUUACGAAAAGUUUUUUUAUAGAAAACUGAUCCUACAAAAAGAUCAGUUUAGAUUUUGUAAAGUUUUCUAAAAAAAGCUGAUCUUGCGAAAAGAUUUCUAUAGAAAACUGAUCGUACAAAAAGUUUCUUAUAAGAAACUGAUCUGAUAAGGUUUCUAAAGAUCUAACAAAAUGUAAACUGAUCUUGAAAAGUGAUCUUACAAAAAGUGUUUUAUAAUAUUUCUAAAGAAAUCUGAUCUUACUAACAAAUUUCUAAAGCAAACUGAUUAUAGAAAACUGAUCUUACAAAAAAUUUUCUAUACAAAACUGAUCUUACAAAAACGUUUGUAAACAAAUCCAUUAGAAUUAAAUGCAUUUGCGAUUUCUAAAUCAUUUAAUAACAGAAAAGCGUUAUUAAUUUAUCAUUCGCUAUUUACAAUUUUAUAAUUUCAUCAAUUAAUAAAAUUACAACUUUUACUAUUUUAAGCCCUCAUUAACUUUUGUGUACAAUUUUAUUUAACAAAGAAAUCUCAGUUAAAACAAAAAAUGAAUAAAAUUUCCAAAUAAUAAGUUGCAGCUGUUAAUAGAUUUAAUAGUUUACCAAUAAAAGUUAAAGAAAAAAAACUUGCAACUACUAGUUUUGUGUUUCAAAUUUAUUUUAUAAGUAUUUGUAAGAAAAAAAAAAACUUGUAAAAUGUUAAAAGUAAAAAAACAAACGUAAUUAAUAAUUGCUGUGUCUAUUCUU